AUGUCGACCUCAAGACGUGAAAGAGAAGUCGACCCUGUGACGUGGGAUGACACUCUUGCCAAUGGAGCUCAAACUUGGGCAGAUUAUUUAGCGCAAAAUAAUUCGUUUAAACAUGCAUCUGGAAUUCAGCCAGGAGAAAAUCUAUACCUGUCCGGUUCUCCUCUGCCAGAGGAGCCCUGUACUGAGGCAACACAGCUGUUCUACGGGGAAAUUAAAGAUUAUGAUUUUGACAAGCCUGGAUUUUCAAUGAGUACUGGGCACUUUACUCAGGUUGUCUGGAAGAAAACUAAAAAGAUUGGAGCGGCACAGCAAACCAGAAAAGAUGGAAGGCUUGUGGUUGUGAUUCGUUACUCUCCCGCUGGGAACUAUGUUACGGAGAAAGCUUUCAGGGAAAAUGUUUUACCCGCCCGAUCAGGACACGGAUUUAGUCACACGCUUUCUUCGUCAGCUCUCACUGCCUUCGUUGUUGCAUGCGGGGCUGUUUUGAAUUUUUUCUUACGUUGUGCAUCAGUUUGCAUUUCGUGUACGUGUGCUGGUUUGGAGUUUCACGCUGAUGUUGAGGCAGAAAUUCCGCCAUUCAAAGAUCAAUGCCUGAAAUGGCACAACGUGUACCGUGAAAAACACCAGGUUGAUCCCGUGACGUGGAAUGACACUCUUGCCAGUGGCGCCGAAAGUUGGGCAAACUAUUUAGCGCAAAACAAUCUGUUUAAACAUGCGUCUGGUCUUCAAGUUGGGGAGAAUCUGUAUCUCUCUGGUUCCCCUUCACCUGAAGAGCCUUGCACUUCGGCUACUCAAGCUUUCUACGGAGAAAUCAAAGAUUAUGAUUUUAAAAAGCCUGGGUUCUCCAUGGAUACUGGGCACUUCACUCAGGUUGUUUGGAAGAACUCCAAACAGAUCGGAGCCGCUCAGCAAGUAAGGGGAGAUGGAAGGCUUGUUGUGGUGAUUCGCUAUAAUCCCCCAGGAAACUUCAUUAACGACGGAGCUUUCGCUGCAAAUGUUUUGCCUGCCCGACUUGAUAAUGGAUCCGGAGUUUGUGAUGUGCGUUCUUCUUCGGUUUUCACGGCUUAUCUGGUUGCUCUUGGACUUAUUUUCAAUUUUCCCUAUUGAUGUAUUUAUUUGAGCAACACCUUGAUUAAGGAGUUUCCAUCUUUAGGCUGCAGAUGCACAACUUUAUGAUAUCCUAUUCAAACACGAUUGAAUAAAUUUGUAAAUGAACUCAUUGCAAACGUUAACAUUUUUAGCCUUUAUAUAAGUUGCAUCAAUGAUCUGAUUAGUUGCUGUUGUAUAGUGAUGUAGUUUUAUUGCAUUUGGAAGGACAGGAUGCAGCUCUGUAUAGGCGUCAGAAGUAGAGAUAUGGUCGGAGAAUUCCUAGUGCCGAAAUUCAUGUAAAUGACAUAUUGCAUACAACUGAACGCAACCGUAACAUGCUAAGAAAUGCUAGAAAACUACAAGUAUUACUCUUUAUGUAAAGGGCGCCAGUCGGAAUUCUGUUCGACAAGCCUUUGAUUUUAUAAUUGAUAAACGGUACGGUACUCUGGUUCUUGUGAUAAACAAGUUUCGUUUUCAAUAAAUUUUCAUCGUACACAUUACACAUAUCAUCUUCAUUUUUGUGUAGAACAGCUUUGACAGUAUAUUUGCAAACAAAUUAUCGUCAGUUAGAUGGGAGCUUUCACGUUUCGCCGCAAUAACAACAAAACUUAAAUUACAUAAAUUC